AUGGUGCUGUUGAGCCCCUCAAUCAGCGCUCUUAAAGUACUUCUCAAUGUAUGUGAAAGGUAUGCCGAGGCCCAUGGGCUCAGAUACAAUGUUAAAAAGAGUGAGCUGUUGGUGUUCAAAUCAGGUUCCAAAACCUAUUCGACGCCACCAGUCACUCUAAACGGAACUGAACUGGAAAAAAUGACCAAGUUCAAGUAUCUGGGUCACUGGGUCACGGAAAAUUUAUCGGAUGACGUUGACUUGGAGAGGGAACGCAGGGCACUGGCGGUACGGUGUAACAUGCUGGCCCCUCUUGUUUUGCACAGAUGUUUCCAUGUUUCUCAAAUCGAAAACGUGACAGGUCUGACAGGCGACGCGAAACUAAUAGAGCUGGGAGGGCCGCCAUAUCUGUUGCCGUUGGUGCAGCGCGAUAAACUGUACGACCUCGCAAAGCUGGCUGGUUAUCUGCACCGCGACCCAGCCUUCAUAGCCGGUGCCGGGGCGGGGCCCUGGCCCUACAUCGGGGUUAACUGUGAGGGCAUUAUCAACUUAACUGUGAGCAACGGCACGGUGAAUCAGGGCACACGGAUCACGUCAGUGGAGCCGGUCGGCGCGGCCAAGGGCAACAGUGGCUAUCUGACGCGGCGCUUGCCGAACAACGAGACGCGGUCGGCGCUGCUUGGCAACUAUUUGCUCAGUGAAGGCAAGCCAGGAAAGGUGCUCAAAGUAGUGGUAAAGAAGCGUAUUGGUGAGGCCAACUUCAUCACGGCCAUCAGGGAGGCGUUGAAGAACCAUUACGGAGACAAAGUAGUCGGUCUGGGCGGCACGUUCGUGGUGCGCGCGGGCCGCGUCAAGCACCACGUAAUGCCGGACUUCUCCGCGACUCCCAUCUGCUCCGACGCCGAGGUUGACGCCUGGUUGCAUUACUUCGAGAUGCGCGCGCCCAUCACGCACGUCGGCACACUCGUCACCGGCGACCACGGCUUGGACCUGCGCGUGCAGCACUUCCACGGCUGGGGCGAGCACGGCGACGGCGGACACUACCACUACGACACGACGCCCGACGUCGUCGAGUACGAGGGCUACUUCGCGCUGGCGACCGCCGUCGUGCGCGUGGACCGCCCGGCGCACACGCACGCCGUGGGCCGCGACUAGCCGACGGCGCGUCGCUAAUGCGCCCUGAUGUCCACGAAAUGACAUUGCACUUUCAAAAGGAUGGGAUUCAAUAAAAAUCCGGAAAUAAUGACAA